CACGUCUUUGGGCCGAGCGGGGCCUGCCUGCAGCGGUUCGGGGAGCGGGGGGACGCGAGCAACGAUAUCAAGUACCCGCUUGAUGUGACGGUCACCUGGGACGGGCACGUGGUGGUCACCGAUGGCGGGGACCGCUCCGUGAAGGCCUUUGAUUUUGAGGGAAAGGGGGUCCUGGCUGUCCGGGAAGGUUUCUGCUUACCAUGGGGCUUGGAUGCCACCCCAGAGAGCGAAGUGAUCCUGACCGAUGCGGAGGCAGGUGCUCUCUACCGCUUGACGGCCGACUUCAAGAGGGGGAAAUUAAAGAAGUGUCAGAUGAUCCGGUCUCAGCUCGUCAGCCCAAGAGGGGUUGCGGUCUCCCAGACCUCGGGUGCUGUCGUGGUAAUAGAGCACCUUAAAGCCCAAGGACUGAACAACGGGAGCACCCGGGUGAAGAUAUUCAGUGCAGAGAUGGAUCUCAUCAGCCAGAUGGAUAGCUUCGGUCUGAACCUUGUUUUCCCCUCCAAAAUACGUACCACGGCUGUGGCCUUUGACAAAGAGGGUCGUGUUAUAGUAACAGAUGUUUGUAGCCAGGCUGUAAUAUGCUUAGGGAAACCAGAGGAGUUUCCCAUCUUUAACCCGCUAAUUAGCCACGGGCUUUCUUAUCCCUCAGGACUGACUUACAUGGCAAACAAUUCUCUUGUCGUCUUAGACAGCGGUGAUCAUUCAAUAAAAAUAUAUAGCUCCACCUGA